ACUCAUCCGGGAGUUUACAAACAUGGAUGCAACCAACACCAAUGCAACCUAAUUCGUGUCUUUGCUGACAACCAAAACAGUAAGGCAAAUUAAAUGCCAUUCCAAAUACACGAGUUUGAAUCGAAUGACAAGCAGUGCAUGGGAGAAUGGCCUCAAAGAUGAGACGGCAUGGGAGUACAGGAAAGGACUAUGGACACCAGGUGGAUAACUCAAACUCCACCAUUAAAAAGCUUAGCAUUCUCUACAGUGAUCCAGAACUUAGUGAUCUCCGACUCUGUAUCGGGGAGAGAACUUUUCACGCCCAUAAACUCAUCCUUAGCAUAUCCAGUGAUGUGUUCAAAACUAUGUUAACAUCUCCUACCUGGCCAGAAGCAUACACUUCGGAGAUAUCACUGGAAGAGGAGCCAGAGUGUCAAGAUGUCUUUGAGGACUUUCUACAGUAUCUGUACACAGGGAAAAUCCACCUGAAUCAGACAAGUGUCCUUCCCACUCUCAUCCUCGCCGACAAAUACAACAUUAACGAUCUGUCCGAUGUUUGCAUCAAUUACAUGAGCUGCCACUAUGUGGCACCACCUUCUCAAUCGCGGGUAAUCUCAUGGUUGAAGUAUGCAGUCAUGUGUGACCAUAAACACCUACAACAGGUCUGUGAGGAUUACAUCAAAUGCAAUUUUCAGUAUGUCAUGAAUACUCCUGAUUUUAUGGGCAUUUCUUCGGAUAUGCUGAUUAAAUUCCUGAAGUCUUCUAGCAUCAUUGUUGAUGAUGAGUACAAAUUGUAUGAGAGAGUCAAACAAUGGUUUGCAUCCUACAAAGAAAUCAAAUCAAAUUCAAAGAAACAUGAUUAUCAGCUUGAAGAUAUUGUACAAAAUGUUGUGCCACUUAUAAAAUUCCCAAUGAUGAUGCAGGAGAAAUGUCAAGAUUUAUUUGACAGAGGGAAUGCUUCUUGUAUUAUGGACAUGCAGAGAGAUCAAUGGAAAUUAAAAGUAGAAGAACAAAUGCAGAAUCAUUCAAAGUCAUCUUUUGAUCAAACCAAAAUGAUAAACCAGUGCUACAAAUCAAAAUCAGACCAUUCGACCAGCUCCCAAACCGAUUUUUUUAGCAAAUACACAGAACAGAAACCCAAUUUGUCUUCUCCUACCAAACUUUCGCAUCAGAUAACGUAUAAGCCUCGCAUUUACACGGGGGAUACAUGGAGUACUGAGAUUUGUGUGCCGGAUAUGAAUUCGGUGACUCGGGGAGACGUUUUACGAGCAUUUUUCUCCACCCCUAUAUCAGGGCCUGGAGGGGACGAUAUCUCCAUGUGGGACUGGCAUGUGGACUUUUAUCCUCAAGGAGUCAUAUUUAAGCCUUGUCUGAUGAUCGGAUUGUUUUGGAACUGUGAGAUAGAUGAGGUUGUUUAUGAAACUGUUCGUUUGACUGUAACCUCUAACUCGUCCGAGUAUCGCCGAGUCCAGAUCAGUGCUUUGAUUUAUGGGCAGCAAGAUGGGCAUGAAUAUGUGGCCAAGUGUGUGACCAGAACCUGCUACUUUGACAGUGAGCACCCCUCUCACAAUUUCAAUGAUCUCAUGAGCCUCUCAGAUCUCCUCCAAAAAACAUCUCCUUACCUGCUGGGCAGAGAUAAUAAUGCCUUGAAAAUAAAAAUUGUUAUUCGACCUCUCAUGUUCCUGUGAAAUUCACUUUACAAUGUAUUUGUUAUCAGAAGUGCUUUCCUUUUUUCAGAAUAAGAUUUUUAAUUUGUGAUAUAUCCUACUGUUGAAAUUACAAUGUAUGCAUAUCUUGUUUAUCAAUCUUUUUCAUUUAUGGACAUUUUGUUUUUUUGUUUUUUUAUAAAAAUCAAUUUAAACUGCUGUUUUAGUAUGCAUGUACUACAUAGUGCCAUGUUGUCAAAAUCAUGGUUUGUUAAAGAUACAUGAAUGUUGAAAAUUUAUUUUGUCUUUCAAGAAUUAAUAUAUAUAUAUAUAAAAUGUUAGCUGAUUCUGGAGUUGAAUGUUGCAUGUUAAGUGUACAAUUUGAUAUUGCCUUUUAUAUAAGAUGUUAUUGUAAUACCACAUAUGUGUGAAGAAUUCUAUUAUCAAAAUGAAAGUUAUUAAAAUAAAAAUGGAACUUAA